AUGGCUGUUGAGAAAGGUUCGCAUGUUCCUGCGCAUGUCGGAGAGGCUAUAGUCGCCUUCGCGCUCGAAGGACACUUCCCCGACGAGCAACUGUCUUCGCUACCGCUAUCCUCUUCCGACCUAUCGCCUGCGAUCGAAGCACUAGAGAGGGUGAAGGGGGACUUGGAGUCCGAAAUCCAUAAGAUCAAUGAGGAAACCAAGGGCGAUGUCAGCUCCUGGGUGAACAACGCCAGAACGCUUCAGGAAGACAUCCUGCGGUCCAAGAGGCUGGCCGACGAUAUUGUGCGACAAUCAGAGGCUCCGCAGGUUUCGGGAAAAGCUACACAGGAUGCCGAGGAACACGCCCAAUUUCUGGAGAAAGAGGUGCUCUACACUCAACAGCUGCACGAGGUGCUCAGAGGGAUACAACAAGUAAAUGAGCUUCUGGGUGAAGUCGAGCAGGCAAUGAACGAGCGGCGCAUCGUCGACUCUCUUCGAUGGCUGGAAAAAUCAUGGGCGGAGCUCGACGCAGUGCCCGUCAACAAGAAAGCCUGUCGAGUUAUGAGACUGUUGGAUCUACGAGCGUUCGAGCUCAAGUCGCACGUUCACGAUGUUUUCGACCAUGUUUGGGCGUCACUCGUUCACACAGACCUGGAAAUCGGAUCUCUUGCCAUAUACGCUAAACGAGAUGGCGAACAAAUGACCCUUUCGGAGGCCAUCAUCGGUCUUCAAGCAUACAAGGAAGUCGAAGAUCGGAUGUCGCGGCUUUGGCAUGAUGUUGAUAAGGCCAUUGUUUCUCCCAGAAUGGACGUCGAGGCUUCAUCACUACCGUCCAUUCGUGCUGACGAGAACGUAGUCGAUCUGCAUGGAGAAGCCGGCAGGUCAAUAGACGAACUGUUGACAGACCUCCAGAAACUGGUCGAAUUUAUGGCCAGGAGACUGACCCCCGAUCUAUUGAUGUUUUUUAGCCCUAUUAUGAUGAGCGAUGUGGUACCAAGGCUCAUUCAAGUGUGGCUGGAUGCUGCAGUGCCUUCGACGCUGAAAGACCUUGACCAGUUCCAAGCCGUCACCCAGUCCGCUCGGGGUUUCUGCGAAGUGCUCGAGGCCAACGGGUUUACAGGGUUUACGGAACUCAAGGAGUGGGUCGGCAGUGCCCCAUCAAUAUGGCUUGCCAAGUGCAGGGAGACGGCUCUCGACUCUGUCAGAGUCAAGUUGUCGAACGGCCUUGGUGUCCCAAGACAGGUCGAAAGGAUCGAAAAGCAGAUGGUGUCGCGGUCUGAAGGCAAGCAGUUGACGGCAAACGGUGUCGCUGGCACCACAACCGAUGAUGACUGGGGUGCUGCGUGGGGAGUCGAUGACGUGGAGGAGAGUGCCGAUGCUACGGACACAACGCAAACCACUCAGGAGGAGGACGAUGGUGCAGAUGCUUGGGGCUGGGACGACAACGACGACACGGCGGAGAGUAAAGAAGAACUUAAAGCGCAGGAGCCGCAGGAACCAGCAGUUGAGGACGAUGACGACGAUGCGGCUGAUGCCUGGGGAUGGGGAGACGACGACGCGACGGAGCUGCAGCCCGAACUCAAGCCUCAAGUCUCAAAGACCCAGGCCAAGAAGCAGAAAACGACGCCCGUCGAGCACGCCGAGAGCAGGGAAAUGGUUCUCAAAGAAACGUACCACAUAUCCUCUAUGCCGGAGCCAGUACUAGAGCUUAUCCUGGCCAUCUUAGAGGACGGCGCAGCUCUCACACAGCCUGAAUACGAGAGCAGCCCCGUGGCAGCCGCGGCUCCGGGUCUCUUUAGUUUGCCGACCUUUGCACUGGCCAUGUUUCGAGCAGUGUCGCCGCACUACUACUCACUAGAUAUUGGCGGGAACAUGUUUCUCUACAACGAUGCCAUGUACCUGUCUGAAAAGCUCGCCGACCUGGCGUCAACGUGGAAGGCGCGCGAGGACCUGACGACUCGCGCCCAGAACAUGCUGCGCAUCGACAACGACAUCAAGAGCCUACGGAACUUUGCAACGCGCGCAUACACUAACGAGCUGGGGGUGCAGAAAACGGUCCUUCGAGACCUGCUGGGAGGCGAUCAGAGUCUAAUGCAACAGGACGAACUGGAUAGCUGCGUGGACUCGGCAGUGGCGCGAGUCCGAUCCCUGGCGGUGACAUGGGAAGCAAUUCUGGCACGUUCUGUGUGGUAUCAGGCGGUGGGGUCCCUCGCCGACGCCAUCUCAUUCAAAAUCAUUGGCGAUGUGAUGGACGCAUCGUCUAUUGGCCAGGACGAUGCCUACAGAAUAGCGCAGCUCAUUGCAAAGAUCACAGAGCUAGACGACCUCUUCCCUCCGUCGCGGUCGACAGCUCAGGGGCAGCAGCACGGGGCGGACGGGGUUCCGACGACGGCGCAGUACGCGGCCACGUGGCUCCGGCUCAAGUACCUGAGCGAGGUGCUUCAGUCCAACCUCAACGAGGUCAAGUACCUUUGGCACGACGGCGAGCUAAGCCUGUACUUUUCGGCGGAUGAGGUGGUGGACCUUAUCGAGGCUAGCUUCGACGCCAACCCGCGGAUGAAGGAGACCAUCCGGUCCAUUAGGGAGAAUCCAAACCCCGUGUACGGCUGA